AUGCCACGCACGCCUCGUGGAUCUCGAGAACACGUCAAAGGAAGUCGCACGUCAAAGCGUUCUGCCAACGAAACCCAGAAAAAGAGCAAUUCGGCUGCAGGCCAGACUACCGCACCGGCUGGGGUGGAUUAUGAUGUACCUGUCCACGAGGCUUUGGAGAAGCUCAAGCCGGAGGAACGUCUGGAUCUGGCUUUGGGUGUCCUUGCUCAUUGUUGUCGCAUCGGCCAUCCCGCCGUUGUCUCCCGCGUGGCUGUCAAGUUCGGUGUUCCCGGCACCACUCUUUCUGACAGAUGGAAGAAUCGGCACAAGUCCAUGGCAGAAGCUGCUGCCGAGCGGCAGUUUCUCUCUCCAUCCAAAGAAAGAGUGCUCCUUCAAUGGGCAACAUAUCUUGGCAGCAUUGGUGUGCCACUGUCGAAGAAGGCUAUUCGAAAACGUGCUGCUGUUAUCCGACGUGAUGGGAAGAAACCAAGCCGGAAUUGGGUCGGAAAGUUCCUCAAGCGUAACCCUGAUCUCAUUCUCAGCACGGCAUCCGGAUUGGACCCAAAACGCGCACAGGCUUUCAAUCAGCCGGUUGUCAACCGCUACUUUGACGAGCUCACGGCACUGGUCGAGAAGCAUGGCAUUCCCAUGCAGAACAUUUACAACAUGGACGAGAAGGGAUGUCAGCGAGGAGGCGGGAAGAAGGCACAGCGUGUCAAGUACUUUUAUUCGAAGCGACAGACUGCAAAAUAUCGCCACCGCAGUGCAAACCUGGAGCUCAUCACCAUUCUCGAAGCAGUCUGUGCCGACGGAUCAACUACCGUCCUCCCAGGGUUUGUAUUUCCUGGAAAGGAGCAAUGUCCCGAAUGGUUUGACAACGACAUUGCCAUCCAGUGCGUCCCAAUUUCUUGCAUACAUCAGAAAUAA